CCGUCAGCCAUCUGCCGCAGUCAGUUAGCUCAAGCGGGAAUGGAAAAUGGAGGACUGACCGAAGAUCGAGGGCAUAUCGUCGGUAUCUCUAGCGUGUAGAUCCUUUGUCCUUAUACCAAGCCAGAUGAUUACUGCUGUGGAGCCUUUGUUUUGUUUGAAGAAGCACUCUGUUACUCAACAUUGUUGAACUGCAGACGUUCAGUUUGAAUGUAGUGAUUGACUCCAUCAUCUAUGGAGAAGAAUGCGAGCCCUGAGCUCUCUCUAGCUCCUGAGCCAGAGCAGAGCCAGGACCUUAUGGAUAGCUGCUCUCAAGGUUUUGGAGAAGGGGAUAACAAGCAGAGGCAACAGUUUCUCACUGAAGGCGAGAAUGUGGCCAAAGAGACACUAGACGAGCCGGAUACAUCUUUCAAGGCUGACAGUGAAGUAAAGAAGACUUGGGGUUUCCGACGGUCCACUGUAGCAAAGAGAGAGAUGCCAGUGGAGGCAGCAACUGACAUCCCUGAAAACCGCUGUCCUGUACGUCGCAGUGGCAGGCAGUCUAAGCGCACUGACAAACUGGAGGAAUUCCUCUUGACUGCCAAAAGAGGGUCAAGAAAGAGCGCCCCUCCCAGUCUGGAAAGUGGAGAUCCUCCUUCCCAAACCCCGACAGAUGCAGAGACUGCCUCAGAAGCCAGCUUUGACGGUAACGCUGACACCAAGGCUGUAGAGGACAAGGUAGAGUCCCCAGAGAGGAGGACGAGAAGUGGCAGUAGGAGGCAGACGCAACGGAAAACCAGUGGUGGCCGACAGACCCGAGGGGGCGGUGGACUGACAGUCAAAGAUGAGGGUAGCUCUGAGAAUGAGGAGGACAGCAGAGAUGCUGCCAGUAAGGAUCAGUUACCGGACAAAAAAGAUGAAAAGAGUUCUGAAGAUGUAGGUAGCACUGAUACAGUACAGCCUCAGCCAGAGCCGGGCUCUGAGAAGACGAGAGAUGUCGAGGAGAACAACGAACAUGGAGAUAAAAACGACAAAGCGGAAACGGAGGAGGAGUUGGAUAAAGAGACUGACGAGGACAGGGGAGACAAGUCUACGGCAGUGUUGGUAAAACGUGGACCAAUAAGAACAUACAUCAAUAAAAAGAAGGCAGCCAAUAAGAACACUACCCCUGUUAAAGCUACUGCUUCUGCCAACAAGAGCACUCCUGUCAAGAGGGAGACCAAGCCAAAAGCUACCCAAGCUUCUGGAAAGACUCGCAGGCCGCAGUCACAAGACAACGAUGAUGAGAAUGAUGAUGAUGAUGACGACGACGAGGAGAAUGACUCUUCGACAUCUUCGUCUUCAUCAUCCGUUGAGUCUGACGAUGGCGGAUAUGACCCCAAUGCACUUUACUGCAUCUGUCGCCAGAAACACAACAAAAGGUUCAUGAUAUGCUGUGACCGCUGCGAGGAGUGGUUCCAUGGAGACUGCGUGGGCAUCACUGAGGCCCGCGGGCGCCUGAUGGAGAGAAAUGGGGAAGACUACAUAUGCCCCAAUUGCACUACUAAGAAAAACCAGGUGGUCAGACCCGCCACAUCUAACCUCUGUACAAGUACAGAGAUCAGCAGGAUCAAACCUGACACUGCUCCUCUGACUUCUGCGCUCGCUGUCUCUGCUGCAACUGCUGCUGCCACCAGUGGAGUAGACUCCAGUCAGUCAGCUGUCCAGGCUGUGGUGGUACCUCUGUCCUCCACAGCUGCUGGAACUGAGGAGAAGGGAUCGGAGGACCUGGGCAUCAAAGGCAGGAUAGAGAAAGCUAUUAAUCCAACUGGAAAAAAGAAGAUCAAGAUCUUUCAGCCGCAGGCUAUACAGCAGCCAGCUGAACCAAAAGCGGAGCAGAAAUCUGCACCCACCGUGGAGAAGAAGGCCGCACCAACAGCAGAGCAGAAAGCACCAUCAGAUGCAGAGCAGAAGGUGGCAUCAAACGUAGAGGUGAAAACCACGCCAACAGCAGAGGUGCCAGAGAAGGCCGGGCAGAAAGCUGAGGAGGAGUCUUCUCUUCCCAAAUGUAUUGGGCCUGGUUGUGAGAAUAACGCCCAGCCAGACUCUGUGUAUUGUGGCAACGACUGUAUCCUGAGACAUGCCGCUGCUGCAAUGAAGUCCAUCACUGAUGUCAAAGAGCCCAAGCAGAAGGACAAGGACAAGGAUAAGGCCAAGGUUCAGAAAACCAAGUCUGCACCAAAGAGGGGCGGUGCUGGUGGGAAGAAGACACAGAAGAAGACCAUGGAGGAGUCGGACAGCGAGGAAGAUCUCAGUCCUGAUCCAGAUGAGGACGACGAAGAUGAGCAUGCUGAGGAACACCCACCCCCGCCGGCCACUGCAUCCUGGUCCAGCGACCAUAAUUACAUUGCAGUAACACCAGAAAAGACUACACCCAUAUCACCCACAGUGUUAAACAAAAAGUCCCCCCCUAAAGAAGAGAAGCAGAGUGAGAAGGAGCAGAAAGAGAUGGAGCCAGCCUCGGCUCCUGAGAAACUUUCCCCAGCGUCCGUAAUGCCAGUCAAAGGAAACAAGAAGACCCCAACCACUAAAGCGGCCAAGGUUUCCCCGAAGGGCAAGAAGCCUUCACUUCAGACUACGAGUUCAAAAAUGUCAAAGAAACCUGCAACACUCCCUAGUAGAACUGCAGCAAAGUCUAAGAAACCAGGCCUGUCGGCUGCCCAUACCCCUUCUCCGAUCCCUCUUGGUCCAAUCCACGUCACAGGAGCACUGAGAGUCACCAAGUCCAACUUUACUAUCCCUAAGAAGCAGCCUCAACAAAAGGAUGUUCCAUCGCAUAGUCACUCCUCCUCAUCCUCCAGGGUCUCGUCAUCUUCAGCUCCAUCCAGCCACUCCUCUUCCCCCAGAUCUCAACAUCCAGCUGCUUCAGCGCCCCCCUUGCCGCCACCACCCAACAACCAGAUGAGACAGAAUAUCCGCCGCUCAUUGACAGACAUCCUCUACAAGAGGGUGAGCGACAGUGAUGAUCUGAAAAUGACUGAGAGUGAGGUGGGAAGGCUGGCAGUUGCCAUUGAAAAGGAAAUGUUCAACCUCUGCCUGAGCACUGACAGCAAGUACAAGAACAAAUACAGGUCCCUCAUGUUCAACCUCAAAGACCCUAAAAACAAAGGCUUGUUCUACAGAGUGGUGGGUGGUGAGGUUAGUCCCUUCAGACUGGUGAGGCUAAGCGCCGAAGAGUUGCUUUCCAAGGAGAUAUCAGAGUGGAGGAAGCCAGAUGCUCCUGAGGCCCAGUCUCCCGGUGCAAGGGCACAUUCGGGGCAUUCCAAACUGGGCAACAGGCAUGACUCUGGCUCACAUAGCAUGGAUAUGGACGACGCUCCACCUACAUCUGAUGCAGAUGUAUGUAUCUCUACCACCACUUCAUCUUCUCGCAUGGCCUCUGCUGCAGACCAAGAUGAUUCUAGCGCCACUCCUUCAGCCUCGGCUCAGCCCUCAGCUGGGGAGGGGAACAGUGGCGGCAGCAUGCCAGACAUUUUCAGUACCAUGCUCAAAGACACCACCGCUGAGCACAGGACUCAUCUGUUUGACCUCAACUGUAAAAUAUGCACAGGUCAGAAGAUGGAAGAUGAGCCUGCAGCUAAGAAAGCCAAACUGACCAAGAAGCCUGAAACUAAGCUGCCUAGACAAGACCUGCACUUGUCCAGGUCAGGGGAUGUCAGUUCUGUCCAAACAAAGCUCCCCACAGCUGACCAGCACCAAGAACCCUUAGUCUACCAACACCAGAUCCCCCCAUCCUACCAGUCUAACAUGGAGCCAGCUGUCCCAGAAUCACAGCCGCAGCUUUAUCAGGAGGACCUCAACAUGCUUGCACCUCCAGCCCCGGCCCCCGCACCCGUCACCCCUGCUGUGUCCUCUGUCAGCAUCACCCGCAGAGACCCACGCAUGGCCAGGCACAGCUCCGGAGUGACCGUCACCUACACUGCUCCGGAAAAACCCAUCAGCAACUCAGCAGAACCGCUCGCGGCUCCCGUCAUUGCUCCUGCAGAGAUCGGACCCAAGGCACCACUGCCAAUGCCCCCAGCUCCGCCACCUUCAGUAGCCGUGUCCAAACCAGCGAAAACAAGUUCAUCUGAGCCUCCUCCUGAGGGUGAGACAGCAAUCUUCCUCCAUGGUCAAGAGAGAAUUUGGAAAGGAUUCAUCAACAUGCAGUCGGUGGCUAAGUUUGUGACCAAGGCUUAUCUGGUGUCAGGAUCCUUUGAACAUCUGAAAGAGGAUUUGCCAGACACCAUUCAUGUUGGAGGACGCAUAUCUCCGAACACAGUGUGGGACUACGUUGGGAAACUGAAAACCUCGCUCUCCAAGGAACUGUGUCUGAUCCGUUUCCACCCAGCCACAGAGGAAGAGGAGGUGGCAUAUGUCUCUCUGUUUUCUUACUUUAGCAGCAGGGGGAGAUUUGGUGUGGUGGCAAACAACAACCGUCGCAUCAAAGACCUCUAUCUCAUCCCGCUGGGCUCAAAGGAUCCAUUACCCUCCAAACUCUUACCGUUUGAUGGGCCAGGGCUUGAACCAGCUCGUCCCAACCUCCUCUUGGGGCUGCUGAUCUGCCAGAAGGACAGAAAGCGAGCUGGGGCUCCGUUGGAAACUGAAGAAAAACGAUCCAAGACUCAAACCAAAGACGCAGAUGACACUGGCCUUCCAAAGCCGCCAUCUUCAAUAAGAGCAGAAAGAAGCACACGGCAGAGUCUCGAAAUCCCCUUCAGCACGACUCCUCCAGGGUCACCUCCAUCCAGCUCCUCUGAGACAUCAAGCAGCACUGUGACCACCUCCUCAGUCCUUUCCUUGUCCUCUGUAAAAACUCCUGCCACAUCCACUGUCACUGGCAAGGACUCCCCAUCUUCAUCCAGCUCUGUUGCUUCUUCUGCAGCAUCUGCCACUCCUCUUCAGACCAUCCUCAAAACUCUUUUUGGGAAGAAAAAGCAUGACUCCGAGGCUUCCCACUCUCCGUCUGAUCAGGGUGGGGAACUCUCCGUCCCGCCUGCUACAAUGCUAGACCCCAUUGUGCAGCAGUUUGCACAGAUUUCUAAAGAGAACCAGGUGGAGGAGGAUGAAGAUGAUCGACCGUAUGAUCCAGAAGAAGAGUAUGACCCCAGUAGGGGCUACAAUGUGCCUAAGAAGCCUGUUGAAGUAGUAAGCAAACCUGAAAUCUCUAAGCAGCCUGAGGUGAUUGCGAAUGAAGGUGAUGAUGUGGCAUAUGACCCAGAGGAUGACUCCAUUUUUGAAGAUGUCAAAACUUUAGCGCCGGGUCUUGCUAAGGCUGCAUCUGAAUCUAUAACCGAUCCACAAAAGAUCUUGGAGAGCCUUAAACAGAUUGGGGAACAAACAUUCCAGAAACAGGGAGAACACCAAAUGUCAUCCACAGGGACACCUGGUGCCUCGUUGACACUCCCAGACACACUCUUAACUCAACCUACCAAAUCCCUUUUGGCCGAUACUCAGCUACUGCAGCUUGGCAAGAAGGUUGAGGAAUUAGUUAAGUCUUCAUCGGUUGCUCCCUUGAUCAACCAGAGGAGAGACCCCCGACAGAGCAGGGAUCCUCGCCAGGCUGUUGCUGGCAGGAAACGGACUGAUGAACCUGAGGAGAAAGAGGAGACAUCUGCUCUGUUGCUGGAUUCUACUCCUUCACAACCUUUGGUUCAAGAGCCUCAGCUGUCUAACGACUCUUUGCAAGGCCCAGUGACAUUGCUACCUUCAGAGGGAGUGAAAAGCGAGAUGCUACCCUUUAUGGAGACGGAAAAGGCAGAGGUGUCAAUUCCGUUAUUGGGAGAGGAGGUGGAACCUGAUAUGGAGGUCAACUACCUGGAUGAGAAAGAGGUGAAAACUGAGGAAGCUGAGCCAAUCAAGGUGGAAACAGAGAUGGACAAGUACAGUAUUUGGCCAAAUGCUGCCAGUAUUUUAAAAACCGGUGAGGACUCAGAGUAUGAGGAGAACAGCCAGGAUACACCAACCACAAGUUAUUAUAAUGAGCCUGCAAACACCUCCACAAUAACUUCAACAAUCCCAGUGCUCACGCAGAGCACAGCAAUGGUUGAGUCUCAGUCCCAUCACGUGCCUCAUCACAUGUCAGCGUCAGGCUUUGACAGCGAGUACAGACCUCCAGCUGACAUUCCCCCACCAUCCAGCUUCCCCCCUCCCCAUGUGAUGCAGGGACAGAACCUGAUAAUGAGGCCACCGCCGAUGUCUAUGCCGCCACCCAUACAGGGUCUUCCACCAAUGUCAGGCCCCCCUCCUCUGCAGGGACCCCCUCCACCCAUCCAUGUUCCUCCCCCAGUAUGUGGUCCUCCCCCCCUACAGAGUGACAGCAGUCAGCAAUUUGGCCCACCUCCAGCUGCAUACCCUCCCUAUCAGAAUCAGUGGCCAGGCACCCAGCCACCACCACAACAGCAGCCUCCCCCUGGACCACUUCCUCAGAAUAUCAUGCCACCCAGAGGACCACCACUACCAUUCCCUCCAAUGGCCCAGAGAGGCCCUGCUCCUCAAUUGUUUGAUCCCUCCAUUCCCCCUCAGCACAUUGGACAGCAAGGACCCCCUCCAGGCCUCCCCCCACCUCCUUCUUUUGAUGGACAGAACGCCUUACCUCCACCAAGAUUCACUGGUCCUCCACCACCAUUUAAUUUCCCUGCCAACAGAGGUCCCCCUCCACCUUUCACAGGGCCACCUCCUGCUCACUUUGAUAACAGACUCCCUCCUCCGUCCCACUUCCCAGGGCCCAGGGGUCCCCCGCCAUCUCAGUAUGGUGACCAUGGGGCUCAACCCUCGAUGGCAGACCAACCUCGAGGCCCAGCAGACCAGUAUAAUAAAGACUUUAAGCUAAAUGUGGACCAGAAUGCAAAUCCUCUCCAUAUGUUUAAAGACAAUCAGGGUCCCCCACCUGGUCCAGCAUACCAGGGACCUCCACCUAACCAAUAUGAGGACAGAAGAGGCCCACCUCCCAGUUGUGAGAUGAGUGGACCGCACUUCAGUCCACAUAACCAGUAUGGGAGCUCCAGACCACACUCACCACAUCGAGGAUCUUUUGAUGAGCACAGAGGUGCUCCCCCUCAUGAGAAUAGACCCCAUCCAUCUCAGCGUUUUGGAGGAUCAGAGCGGUACCGCUUCGAUAGGCACUCUGAUGAGGCUAGACCUGUUCGCCACAGCGGGCCACUACUGCCAACUCCUCCAGAGGCUCCCUUAGGUCCUCCGAGCCGCAUGGGAGCCCACAGUCCAGAAAUGCAAAGGGAUGACCACUGGCGCCGCCACUCUCCUGAAAUGAGGAGAAGAAGCAGCAGCAACACCACCCGAGAGGACUCAGAACCCCACAGUGGAGACCGCUUCAGUCGCUUCGAAGGAGGCCACAGGGAACCUGCCCCUGGACUCUCACAACCCUCCGAAGAGAGACCAAGGGAGCUGUCCGAGGACCGGCGGAGGGAAAGAGAGCGGGAAGCCCCCCACGCUGGCAGGCCAUCAUGGGACAGGAGCCAGGUCAAGCGGUGGAGCAGAGAGAGAGAGUGGGAUAGAGGCAGAGAAAGGGACCGCGAUCAGGAGCGUAGUCGAGAAAGAGACCGCAGCAGAGGGAGGGAGGGCGACAGACACAGGGAGACAGAGGGAGAGCGACACAGGGAUCAAGACACGGACAAGAGGAGAGACCGGGAGAGAGACAGGGAAAGAGACAGACCCAGGGAUUCUGACAGGAGAGACCACGACCGUGACAGAGGGAGAAACCGUGACCGAGAACGUGAUCGUGACCGAGACCGAGAUCGAGAUCGAGAUCGAGAGCGUGAGAGAGAGAGAGAGCGGAGACGGGACAGAUCCCGAAGCAGGGAACGGGACAGGGACAGAGACCGUGGGAAAGACAGGGACAGGGAUAGGGACAAGGACAAGGACAGGGACAGGGACAGGGACAAGGACAAGGACAAGGACAGGGGCAGGGACAGAGACAGAGACAGAGACAGGGAUAGGGAGAGAGAGAGAGACAGGGACAAAGACAGGGAUCGUCGGGACAGGAGCAGGAGCAGAGAAAAGAGAGAGGAGAAAAAGGACAGUAAACAUGAUACACCCAAGGAGAGUGAUAAAACUGCAGAAAAUAACAGUAGCAUGUCCUAGUCUAUUUUAUGAACACUACAUUAUGGUUUUGAGAGACUCAAAUCUCUUACCAGUUGAAGUCAUCACUGUAAAUGUAGAUGAACAGUAUUUUGUUAAAUUUCCACGGUUACGUUCCUACUAGAAAGAAGUUUGAAAAUGUUUGUAUUCUUUUGUCACUUAAAGAUUUCUAAGUUUGUUUUAUCACGUUUGAAAAACAAAUAACUAAAGGCCAUCUAGGUUGAUUGUGUACAAGAUGUAUUAAGUAGGCUACUGAGUCCUAUUACACAUAACUUUCUCCUGUCAAAGCAUUUUUUAAGAAAACAAUAACAUAACUGGUAAACACACCAUUUGCAAUAUGUAAAUAUGAAUGUACUUGUGUAUAUACUGAUGUUUUUUUUUAUCAUACUUUUCUAAGUAGAGAAAUGAAAAGCCAUAUAUCUGAGAUUGAUAAUGUGAAAGUUAAAGGCAACUCUGUUUACACACAAACGUGUGUCUAUAUGUCCAGCAGGUUUGAACUUUAAGGCUGCAACUGUCUUUAGUAUACACCCCAUCAAUGGUUGUUAAUAAAAUGUCUUGAUUUUGUUUCCGCUCAACCAAUUAAACCUGUUUGAUGACA